AUGGCGCCGCAGCGCAAGCUCCUGCUGCAUAUGAUGGUCGUGGCUCUUGCAGUUGGCUCCGCCUCUGCCAGCCGAGAUUUGAAGGUCAUCGGCAAGGGGAUCACCACCAUGACCCAGGCCGUCGCGGUCGCGGCGCCGAUCUCCUUGCAGCCUAUUUACCCCCAAAACGUCAUCUUGGCGCCAGUCUACACACAGCCCAUGGUCUAUGGCAACGCCGCGGGCGUCUAUCAGCAGCCUGGGUAUGCUCAGCAGCCAACAUACGCAAACACCGCCGGCGUACAGCAGCAGCCGCAAGCCGCUGAGUCAACGAACAAGAUCAACCCCAUCAUCGACCGACUCACGCGCGCCUUCGACCGCCUGAGCGGCCUGGGCGCCCUAAACGGCACUGAUGACGAGCCCGACUACGCCGCCCCAACCAGCCAGUCUUAUACCCGCCUCACCACCGCCGCCCGCUCCACCGGCGACGAGCUGCAGCGCCGCUUCGGGGGCGCCGCCGCCGCGGCCGCCCAGGUGCUCGCGCCCGAGGCGCCUUCGUUCGGGAAAGGGGCGGGGGGUGUGAACAUCAUGAUUCCUGCCGUGAACUUCACGGUACCCGACCACCACAACGUCGUCAAGAACACAAUUCAGACGGUCACAAACGUUGUGGCGUCGGAGCGCAAGGGCUGGAACAGCACUUUUUCGUUUUUCAAGGACACCUGGAAGCAGUCCACCGAGGACCUGGCAGAGUCGGUCAAGCAGGGCCUCAAAGGCGCGAUCAAGGAGCUGCGCAAGCCGGCAAAGUCGCCGCCGCCACAGGUGGCGAGCGCGCAGGUCGCGCCCGUGAUCGUGGUGCAGCCCGUGCCGGCGACGACGGUGGUGCCGGUUGUGAGCACGGCGGAGGUCAGGCCGACAUACUACACGAAGAUGAAGCCCAUGGGCAAGGGCAAGGGUUUCUUUGGGUUUUAG